CCUGCCUUCCUUCUACAUCCUAGAUGAACUGGUCUGAGCACAUUCUUCUGUGAAGUUUAUAACUGACAUGUGUGGACACUAAGCUCAUAAAGAAUCAGGGCUAAGACUAUGAUGGGUCAUAUGCAAGCUGAUGCUGAGGAAGCCCACCAUAAGAACGGAGAAUGGAGCAUUCUGCAGAGAGCAGAGGCAGCUGUGGAUCCAGGAGACCAGGAGACCCAGGAGAUUUCCAGAAGCAUAAGAGUAACUGAACUUGAGAGUUUAUUAGAGAGAAGACUCCUACUGUUUAGAGAACAGAGAUUUCAAGGAAGGAUUAAGGCUGGCAUCCUGAUAGCAAAGGUGGAGACAAAGGAAAGCAUUCCAGAUAACUUUCAAAAGAAACUCAAACAUUCAGAAAUCAUUUUCACUACAAAGAAAGCAAGUUAAGAAAAAUAGUUAUUUCCAAGGUCUCCAGAAUCUGAAGCUCUGCUCCUGAGUUUAUAAAAUGUGGAUGACGUCUAUGAAACUAAGCUCGGGAAGUAUUUUGUCACAUAUUGUGUUGAAAGCUCAUAGGAAGAGGAAAGUUGGGCAGUUGUCUAAGUAUAG